AUGCCUCUUGCAAAGCUAUUCUAUGGCAUCUACAUCCUGCUCCGCUGGCCUUUGGUCAUUGUGGGGCCAUCUGGUGUGGGCAAGGGCACUCUCAUCGCCAAGAUCCGUGAGGGCUUUGCAGGACGCUUUGGAUUCUCCGUCUCUCACACCACGAGGAAGCCAAGGCCCGGCGAGGUUCACGGUGAAGCCUACAAUUUUGUCGACAUGGAGACCAUGCAGAAGGAACUGAAGAUCCCAGGCCGCUUCCUAGAACACGCCACAGUGCACGGGAACCUCUACGGCACCUCACAGGAGGCAGUGGAGAAGGUCCGGCAGCGAGGGCAGAUCUGCAUUUUGGACGUGGACGUGCAAGGAGCAAGGCAAAUCAAGAAGAUCCACAGUGACUUCAACUAUUUGUUCAUUGCGCCGCCCUCCGUGGAAUCUCUGGAGAAGAGGUUGCGGGCGCGGGGCACCGAAACCGAGGAGAAGAUUCAGACACGGCUUCGAAAUGCGCGAAGUGAGAUAGAUUUCUACAAGGAAAACGUGGACUUCUUCAAUGAUGUGCUGGUGAACGAUGACUUAGGGUUGGCCAGUAGUCGUGCGCUUGAUCUCAUGCGCAGCUGGUACCCAGAGCUUGUGCAGCAGGCCAUGGAUGCACCAGAUGAACGUGUGCUGCUUGUAAGCUGCUUUGUGAUGCUGAGAGUGGUCGAUUUAGGGGGCUGUUUGAGAAUCCCCACAAGCAUCCUGCGGUCACCACGGUUCAUUGGUGGUCCUUGA